AUCGGCUCGCACGGGAUGUUGCUACUUGCUAGGCCCCAUGUUGACGCUGUAAAGGUGGUGUUCAUGACUAAAAAACUACAGCAUACCACAGAGUCGUGGGGCCCCUGGGAUGCUUCAUGUUCAAGACGGCUAGAAUUCAAGAACGGCAGAGUUUUUCGGCUUUUCCGGGAUGGUCUCCCUUUUGGCGGUUCUCGGGGCGAGAUGCUUCGCUUCUCGGAUUCAUGGCUGAUUCCCAGCGUCUAUCCAUACUAGCCGACUGCGAAGGUUGACGAUAUCCACACUUCGAACGCCUGUCACAUCUGGAAUCUGUCUCUUCAAUUUGAGACUGCGUUCGACCCGCUGGAUCCGGUUUUGGUCCUGUCUCUGUCUCGGUCUGGCCAGCCCAUUACCUUAUGUGCUCAUGUAUACUACAAAGUGUACGCGUCGCUCUAGUAUGUCUCGGGUUGAAGGCUUGGUCUAGGCUGUUGAAGAUCAUUGGCGGGCCGUCAUCCAAUUGCAAGGGCGAUGCUACUACGAAUGAGAUAAUUGAUGAGAGGCAAUGCAGCCAUGGGCACGUCUUUCUCCAUCGAGUUUCGUGUAGAGUUGUUCUUCCCGCUGUCAGGUUUUUUGUGGAUUUGCACGGUCCCGGGCGUUUCCCCUGAUCAUGUCAGGGUUUCCUCAGACCGUGGAGAGACCUACUUGCUAGAAAUACAGCAUCACUUUUUUGUAGUAAUGGUAGAUAGCUGCUGCGUCUAAGGAGGCAAUUAGCGACUGGUAAUUGUGUAGGUAGUCAGUGUGUGUAUAAUAGCGCAGUCGGUGCGAUUCUUCCAGUCACCAGUUUUCACCAUGUUGACGACGGACUCUAGGUCGUUUAGGACUAGAUGUCUAGUCAGUCUGGUGCUCAGAGCUCUCAACCCGGUCACAUUAUGUCAUUGCCUGCUUCAUCGACGCAUUGUCUGACGGGUAGCGCCGACGACAAUCAUAGCGGCGGCUUUUAAGCUGUCGACGAUCGGACGAUUUCGACGGAAAUCUA